GGUUUGACUCAAGCAAUCAAUUGUGCUUUAACUCUGGUGAAGUGCGUGAAAUAUCAAACCUUAUGCGAAGGACUGAGGUUUACAAAUUUGGCAUGAGCUCCGGGAUAACAAGAGGAAGUUUUGCAUUGUACGGAGGAAUAGUACGUAAAGAUAUGUUAGGACAAUGUAAUGGUUUUGGAUAUAAUCUAAAAAAUCAAAUGAAAAUUAUUCAAAUUGGAGAGAACCCCUUUGCAGAAGAAGGAGAUUCUGGUGCAUUAGUUAUGAUAAAAGGAACACAUGAUUCAGCUGCUAUUGGCAUUGUGGAAGGAGGUAUGAAGGGUUGUGUGUUUGUCACCCCGAUUUGUGAUAUUUUAAGAGCUGUUGGUUGUACGGACGGAAAAAUGUGCCAAUUUACGGCGGGAUGUAAUGCAGUUUUGACUGAUUCAGGAGUUGAAAUGGAUGUCUCUUAAAUACUUAAACAGACAUGAAAAAAGAAAAUUCACUAAAAUUGUAAUGAAAUUUUGUGAUUUUAUAAUAUAUUGAGUGGUAUACCCUGCUCAAGGGGAGGUGGGUAUUUAAAUUUGCCAUUGUACAUCUCCCUGUCAGAGCGUUCUUGCAUUCCCAUGUUAUGUCACAUAAAGCUCUAAAAGUGGUUGAGCUAGAGUAAAUAAACUUAAAUGGAAUGAUGAUCAGCAUGUAAGGUUGUGCACCUGGAAUUUUUUGUGUGGAUUAUUUAACUUUUUGUCUGAGUUAUUGCUCCUUGACUUAGUAAAUUAUUUGCGAUUUUCAGUUUGUGCCCCGCGUAGCUCAAAACAUGUUUCACCUAAGUUAAGAAACUGUAUAGGAAUGUUGGUCAGCAUAAUAUGUAGUUGUGCACCUGUGGAUUUGAUUGUGAAUUUAUUCAGUACUUGCAAUUUCCAACUUGUGUGUCACAUAGCCCAAACAGUUAUACUUGUACAUUCAUUUACUAUUCAUAAAGUUAUUGCACUUAGCUAUGUAAAAAAUCAGUUGUCAUAGGUAAAUUUGCUGGCGGGACAAAUAAACCUUCUAGUUUA